UUCCGUGCGCCGGCGCCCAGAUCGCGCGAGACCGCGGAAGGAGCAGGAGUGGGUGGUGCGCGCGGCGGCCGCGACGGACACAAGAUGGCGACGGCGACCAUAGCUCUCCAGGUCAAUGGCCAGCAAGGAGGGGGGUCCGAGCCGGCAGCGGCGGCGGCAGUGGUGGCAGCGGGAGACAAAUGGAAACCUCCACAGGGCACAGACUCCAUCAAGAUGGAGAACGGGCAGAGCACAGCCGCCAAGCUGGGGCUGCCUCCCCUGACGCCCGAGCAGCAGGAGGCCCUUCAGAAGGCCAAGAAGUACGCCAUGGAGCAGAGCAUCAAGAGCGUGCUGGUGAAGCAGACCAUCGCGCACCAGCAGCAGCAGCUUACCAACCUGCAGAUGGCAGCAGUGACAAUGGGCUUUGGAGAUCCUCUCUCACCUUUGCAAUCGAUGGCGGCUCAGCGGCAGCGGGCGCUGGCCAUCAUGUGCCGUGUCUACGUGGGCUCCAUCUACUACGAGCUGGGGGAGGACACCAUCCGCCAGGCCUUUGCCCCCUUUGGCCCCAUCAAGAGCAUCGACAUGUCCUGGGACUCUGUCACCAUGAAGCACAAGGGUUUUGCCUUCGUGGAGUAUGAGGUCCCUGAAGCUGCACAGCUGGCCUUGGAGCAGAUGAACUCGGUGAUGCUGGGGGGCAGGAACAUCAAGGUGGGCAGACCCAGCAACAUAGGGCAGGCCCAGCCCAUCAUAGACCAGCUGGCUGAGGAGGCACGGGCCUUCAACCGCAUCUACGUGGCCUCAGUGCACCAGGACCUCUCAGACGAUGACAUUAAGAGUGUGUUUGAGGCCUUUGGCAAGAUCAAGUCUUGCACACUGGCCCGGGACCCCACAACUGGCAAGCACAAGGGCUAUGGCUUCAUUGAGUACGAGAAGGCCCAGUCGUCCCAAGAUGCUGUGUCCUCCAUGAACCUCUUCGAUCUCGGUGGCCAGUACUUGCGGGUGGGCAAGGCCGUCACCCCGCCCAUGCCCCUGCUCACACCGGCCACGCCUGGAGGCCUCCCACCGGCCGCUGCUGUGGCAGCUGCUGCGGCCACUGCCAAGAUCACAGCUCAGGAAGCAGUGGCCGGAGCAGCAGUGUUGGGUACCCUGGGCACACCUGGACUGGUGUCCCCAGCACUGACCCUCGCCCAGCCCCUGGGGACUUUGCCCCAGGCUGUCAUGGCUGCCCAGGCACCUGGAGUCAUCACAGGUGUGACCCCAGCCCGUCCUCCUAUUCCGGUCACCAUCCCCUCAGUGGGAGUGGUGAACCCCAUCCUGGCCAGCCCUCCGACGCUGGGUCUCCUGGAGCCCAAGAAGGAGAAGGAAGAAGAAGAGCUGUUUCCCGAGUCAGAGCGGCCAGAGAUGCUGAGCGAGCAGGAGCACAUGAGCAUCUCGGGCAGCAGCGCCCGCCACAUGGUGAUGCAGAAGCUGCUCCGCAAACAGGAGUCCACAGUGAUGGUUCUGCGCAACAUGGUGGACCCCAAGGACAUCGAUGAUGACCUGGAAGGGGAGGUGACAGAGGAGUGUGGCAAGUUCGGGGCCGUGAACCGCGUCAUCAUCUACCAAGAGAAACAAGGCGAGGAGGAAGAUGCGGAAAUCAUCGUCAAGAUCUUUGUGGAGUUCUCCAUAGCCUCCGAGACUCAUAAGGCCAUCCAGGCCCUCAAUGGGCGCUGGUUUGCUGGCCGCAAGGUGGUGGCUGAAGUGUACGACCAGGAGCGUUUUGAUAACAGUGACCUCUCUGCGUGACAUUGGCCCCCCUCCCCGGACUUGCACUUGUUCCUUGUUUCCUCUGGGUUUUAUAGUGAUACAGUGGUGUCCCCGGGGCCAGGCGCGCUGUGCCCAGCCCGGCCUAUAGUGCGGAUAAAGGUGCGGAUGCUGCUGGCCCUGAA